CUGUCCAGGCCAGCAUGGCGGGCGGCUGGGUGGCCGUGCUGGGCCUGGGGCUUUGCCUCACCGCGCUGCACCGAGGAGGCUGCCACCCCCCUGGUACAGCCGUGGCACCCCAAACUUCGGCUGCGCUGCGGGACAACUUCCGCCUGCAGCCGGGGGAUCUGGUGGCCACGGCGGGGCAAGCGUUGGAGCUGGAUUGUGUUCCCCCCUCGGGGCACCCCGAGCCCCGUGUCAGCUGGAAGAAAGAUGGGGUGGCCUUGGAUUUGGUGGGUGGCCGUUACGUGGUCACCAACGGGAAGCUGAGGGUGGCAGCGGCGCGACGGAGCGACUCUGGGAUCUACAUCUGCGUGGCAGCCAACGCGGCGGGCGAGAGGGAGAGCCGGGGUGCCCGUGUCUCCGUCCUGGAGAAGCCAAGCAUCGUGCGUGGCCCGAGCGAUGCCACGGUGGCGGCCGGCAGCACCGUGGAGCUGGGCUGCGGUGCCCAAGGUGACCCGGCGCCAAGGGUACAGUGGCACAAGGAGAGUGGGGACCUGCCCUGGGGCAGGUAUGAGGUGGAUCGGGAGCACACGUUGCGUCUCUUUGCUGUGACCCCCGCUGACACCGGCACCUACGUGUGUACGGCGCAGAGCCAGCUGGGCACCGCCGCCGCCACCGCCCACCUCAGCGUGGAGGACCGGCGAGAGGCUGCACCACGGGACCUCCUGGCUGUGCGGCUGCAGCUGGACAACGUCACGGCGCUGCCCAGUGCCGCCGUCCGGCUCCGCUGGCGGAUGGUGACGCCGGCGCCGGUGCCGGAGGGUUACGUGGUGCUGUACCGCUGCCUCCUCCCUGGGGCCACAUCGUGGGCACAGCACGACACGGGCAGGGAGCUCAGCACCACUGUCCCCGCGCUCCGCAGGGGCCACAAGUACGAGUUCAAGGUCCGACCCUACGCUGGAGGGAUCCAGGGCUUGGAGAGCAACAGCAGAUACCUCUGGAUACCUGAGGAAGUGCCGAGCGCGGCACCUCAGCACGUCAUGGUGGGCCGGCCUGAGAUGGAGAAUGGCACCGUGGUCGUGAGCUGGGAGCCACCUCCUGCUGAAGCCCACAAUGGCAUCAUCCAGGGCUACAAGGUCUGGUCAACAGGCGAGGGCUGGCAGCGUCCCACCAACAGGACAGUCGACGGAGGCACCCACCACCUGGAAACCUUCCUGCCAGGCCCUGGGGCCGAAUUCUGCUUCCAGGUGGCAGCUUUCAACAGUGCAGGCCUGGGGGUCCCCAGCAACGUCACCUGUGGAGCCCUGGGGCUGGCAGCAGGGAGCAGUGUGGUGGUGCGGGUGCUGAGGCAGCCUGCCGUCAUCGCCGCCACCGGCUCGCUGCUCUGGUUGGCCUUGCUCGCCCUCCUCCUCCUCCUCUGCCAGCGCCGCGCCAGCCGGGACGCCGCGGCUCGACGCAGGUUGAUGGCUGGUGACUCACCGUGGCUUGGUGGCCCCUGGAAACCCGUCUGUGCCCCCCAAAACCUCAGCAGCAGCAGCAGCCUCAGCAGUCGGCUCCUGGGCAGCGAUGGCAGGGACCCCCAUCCCUCCACCCUGUCCUUGGAGCCAUCAAGCUUUGGCCCCCCCACGCCUCCCACCCACAGCAGCUUCCGUGCGGGGCACCCUGGGGUGAGGACCUCACCCAGCACCCCCAACUCCGACUCCCGGGUGUGCACCCGCAAGCGAGAGCUGCACCAAGUGCACAGCACCCCGGCCCUCAUGGGCGGCCCCGGCGAGUGGGUGACGGGUUUGGAGGUAGCAGCAGGGUGGCCUCAGCGAAGGGGACAUGACGGUGACACCGAUGCUGCCGUGAUGGCCAGAGGGCUGCCGGUCUUCAGCUCCCCCAAAUCACAGAGGGGCAGUGUCUCGAUGGGCUCUGGUGGCACUGGGUCACCAGUGACACCGCCGAGGCCACCCCACGCCUGGCACCCGCCGGUGACACGGUCCCCGGCCACCGUGUGCCCCAGGAACACCUCCCCUAUCACCAAGGAUGCAUCUCCAGUCACUGUGGACAUGUCUCUGGCCACCCGGUACCCCAGGGACACAUCUCUGGCCUCUGAGAGCCCCAAGGGAGUGUCACUGGUCACCAGGUGCCCUAGGGACAUAUCCUUGGUGACUGAGCACCCCAAGGACAUGUCCCCAGCUACCAGGCACACCAAGAAUGUGUCACCAGUAACCAGGCAGCCCAGGGACAUGUCCCCAUCCACCAAGCAGCCCAAGGAGCCAUCACCAGCCUCCAGGAACCAGAGGGACACGGUCUCGGUCACCAGGCACUCCGAGGACACGUCUCUGGUCACCAGCUGCCCCAGGGACAUGUCCCCGAUCACCAAGUACCCCAGGGAUUCACCACCAGUGACCAAGAGCCAUAGGGAAAAGCCACUGGCCACCAGACACUCUGAGGACAUGUCUCCAGCCAGGGGGCACCCAAGGGACAUGUCCUCAGUCACUAGGCUGCCCCAGGAGAAGUCUCCAGCCACUGUGCACCACAGGGACAAGUUCCUGGCCACCAGUAGGUACCCCGAGAACAUGUCACCAGCCAUCAGGCGUCCCCAGGACAGAUUCCCAGCCACUGGCUGCCCCAAGGACACAUCCUCGGUCACCAGACACCCUGAGGAGAUGUCCCCAGCCCCCAGCCACCAAAGGGACAAGUUCUUGGGCACCAGACACCCCAAGGACACGUCCCCAGCCAUCAGACAUCCCAAAGAUGUGUCCCCAGCCACUGGACACCCUGUGGAGAUUUCUCCAGUCCCCAAUCAAUGCAAGGACACAUUCUUGGGCAACAGGUACCCUGGAGAUGUGUCACCAGCCAUGAGGCACCUCAAGAGCUCAUCCCCAGUCACCAAACACCCUGAAGAGAUGUCUCCAGUGACUGGUCACCGGAGGGACACGCUCCUGGCCUCCAGGCACCCUAAGGAUGUGUCCCCAAGCACCAGGAAUCCCAGGGACAGGUCUCCGGUCACCGGUCGCCUCUCACCAACGUUCAGCGACGGGGUCCUCACGCCACAGCAAGUGGCUGAAGACCUGGAGAUGAACGAGGACACCACCUCCCUCAGCCCCCCAGUGCCCACCAUGCCACGGUCCCUCUCGCCUCUGCACACCUACGGCUACAUCUAUGGGCCACCAGCUUCUGAGCUGGGUGAGGAGGAGGAGGAGGAAGAAGAGGAGGAGGAAGAGCAGCCAGCAACCAGAGGCUCUCCAGAGGGGUCACUGCUGAAUAGUUGGGGGUCAGUCUCAGAGGACAACUUUGCCAGCGCCCGCUGCAGCUUGGUGAGCUCCUGCGAUGGCUCCUUCCUCCUGGAUGCCAGCUUUGCCCGGGCACUGGCUGUGGCCGUCGAUGGCCUCUGCUUCAGCCUUGAGGACACUGAUGGGGGCUAUGGGGGUCUCUCACCACCACCAUCACCCUCAGAGGGAGUCUUCUUGCCCGGGGUCUCCAUUCCCACCUGGGAUUGGAGGAUGGCACUGGGGGUGCCAAGGAGAGCUGGGACAGAGGCAGCUGUGGGCAUCAUGCAGCAUGGUGGCCACAGGUCAGGGAGUGGCAGCCCCUGGACCAGGGACAGGAGGGACAGGAGUGUGGCAGUCCCCAGGGUGUAGGACACGGCAAGAGCAGAGGCAGAGCCCCCUCAGCUCAGCUAAUAUGCAGCUUUAUUUAGUGGUUCCCCAAAAAGGGGCUCUUUGCUACCAAAA